GGCGGAGAGCGUUUUAUAAUUUGAGACUUAACAUUUCAAGGUGAUCUACUUGCAGAUGCACUACAUUCGCUGAAAGCGCCGAAGAACGACAAGGUAAUCAUAUUGUUUGCCUUUACGUUUCAUGAUAUUAAAUGAACAAAACUCAAGAAAGUGUCAUUUUUGGACUUCACUUUUCUAUCCAGUUUAUCAAAUAUCUUGGUAGACAAUUAAAAAGAGAAUUUCUUACCCCACUAAUUUUUUUGCUCCUACUAAUAAUUGUUACUGGUCUUUAUGAAUAUUCUGCUUAUCAAAUCGGAUUGAUAUCCUCCAACUUUUUUGAAGCUUUGACUACCAAAAAUUAUGACAGAUUUAUAUGGACUUUAAAAUUAUCAAUAAUGUAUAUAUUUUGUGGCUCUUUGGCUCUAGGUGUACAAAAUAUGGUUGUGGGACAAUUAUCGUUAAUAUUACGUGAAAUUUUAACCAAGAAUUUACAAAGUCUAUAUUUUAAACGAAAAAAUUACUAUGUUGUAAAUACUCUUACUGAUUUAGACAACCCUGAUCAACGUCUUACUCAAGAUAUCAAUUUAGCUUGUGACCUGCUGACCAAUAUAAUUGUAUCAAUAACUGUGAAUCCAACAUUAGUCGUAUUCUAUACAUAUCUAUGUGUACAAAAAGCUGGUUGGUUAGGUCCAGUCUCAGCUUACAUCCUAUUCAUUAUAUUUGCAAUAAUUUCGCGAUUCCUCGCCUCUUGGAGUUCUCGUGCUUCAUUUGAACGUCAGAAACAAGAAGGCAAUUUUAGGUUUGUUCAUACAAAACUAAGAUGCUCAGUCGAAAGUGCUGCAUUUCUUGAUUUGAGUGAAUCAUUAAAUGCCAUUUCAACGAAUUCAUUCAAUCGGUUAUUUCAUGCUGUACGAGUUUUUAUUAAUCGUAAUGCUGUAGUAUUUUAUGUAACACAACUUAAUGCAUAUUGUGGUGGUGUAGUAAAUUAUGUCGCUCUUGGAAUCAUUCUGUUCAAUGGUCCAAUUCGAACAAUGUCAGCAUCUGAAAUCACUGUUCUUAUUAGUCAGACUAGUUUCUUUCUUCUGUAUUUAAUUAAUAAAUUAACAAAUUUAAUUAAUUUAUCUACUGAUAUUGCUCAAUUAGUUGGUGUUGGACAUCGCAUUUUAAACUUGGACAAAUAUUUAAGAGAAAUUAAUUUAUAUGAUACUCCAGCUGCUUAUAUCACAUUUUAUCAAACUCAAUGGUUAUUUAUUAGAUCAAAAAUAUUCAGCCCUAUACACGAUAUCAUUGACAGGGAUAAUAAUUGUUUACUGGAUGAUAUUGUUUUUCAAAUCAAUCAUGUAUCAAUAUGUAUUCCAUUGAAUCCUAAUAAUGUUUUAAUUCAUGACUUAUGUUUAACUAUUAAAAAGCAUGAAGCCCUACUUAUCACUGGUCCGAGCGGUGUUGGUAAAACUGCUUUAUUUCGUGUUUUAGCUGGUCUAUGGCCAGGUCUCAUCUUAAUGAAUAAUAAUUCAGGGAAUAAUAAUGCAACCAAUUCAUUAUAUCAUUUCUAUCAGUCGGAUAAUUUCCGAAUUGUUUUUAUUGCACAAGUAUUAUACAUACCAUCGAUGACAAUCCAAUUAAAUAAUGAAUUUUACAAGUUAUUAACAAGUUUACAUUGUUUCAUGAUGGCAUCAAAUUCAUUAAUAUUAUCGAAUAUCCGUAGAGAACUACAUUUGUGUUAUUUAUUAUUGAAUAUAGCAUAUUCUUUCGAUAGUCAAUCUACUGGUGGGCUUGAUGCUAGAGCUACAACAUUUGAUAUUGACAAUUCUGAAGCAAACUUAACUAGUUAUAAUUCUACAAGAAAACAAAAUUCCAAAUGUUCAAUUUGUUAUUAUAGUCUGGAUUCUUUCGAAAAAGCCUUAAGUUUACUCGUUGAAUUUCGUCUUAUCAAAUUGGAACAAUGUAAUACAUUAAAACAAAUUCUUAAAUUAUAUUAUAACAAUGAAAAUAAUAAUGGUAAUAAUGCUAUUAUUGAUGAAGGUAUUUAUUCUAAAAAUCAAUAUCGAAUUCCAUUAUUAACUGAUAUUUGUUAUAAUGGUUGUUCUGUUCGAUCAGAGAAAUCCGAGUAUGAAUUUGAUUUACAGUUAGUCAAUUAUUCACCUGGUGAAUUACAACGAUUAACAAUUGCGGCUGUAUGUUUUUAUCAACCAGAUAUGAUAUUUAUGGAUGAAUCUACAAGUCAAUUAAGUGUAGCUGAUGAAGCACAAACCUAUUUAAGUCUUUCUAAAAGAAAUAUUACACCAAUUACAAUUGCACAUCAUAAUUCUGUUCGACAAUAUCAUUUGAUGGAAUUACAAUUAAUGUCUAUCGAUGAACAGACUACUAUUACUACUACUGAAACAAGUCAAUUGAAAAAAUGGAAGUUGAUUAAAAUUGAGUAAACUAUAUAUAUAUACAUGUGCAAUCUCAUUAUUGUCACCGUGUUAGACAAUUUAGAUUAUUCUCUCCAUAUUUUGUUUAAACGUCAACUUAUGAGUUUUAGUCAUUUCUUCCUUUCUCUUUUUUUUUCUAUCAUCCUCUAUGAUAGUAGUAGUAGAUUGUAAUCUUCUUAAAAUUAUAAUAAUAAUAAACUUGACCAACAUGUAUUUGUCAUAUUUGUAACUGUUAGUGCAAUAAAUGCGUUUAUUGUUACUUGUUUUAUGUGUGUAAUUCAUAUUUCACAAAUACGUUUUCUCGAGUUCCUACGGUUUGUUGGGUCUGUUUGGUUUUUCAACAACAACAAACAUAGAAUUUCUGAUACCUUUACAUUGAUAUUUUUUGCAACUUGUAGGUAGGUUUGUUUCCUAAACUAUUUUAUCAAUGACUAUACAUUUUAUUCUGUAUUAUCGUUGAAAUUAGUUGCAAUAAGCUUACUGAUAUCUGUUAAAUUCCUCAAUUAUUUAACUGUAGUUUGUAGAGUUAUAUUCACAAAGUACUGG